AUGCUACUACCCCAGAUAGCAGAUGAACUGGACGCUGACAUACUCAUACUGUGCGAGACAUACAGAAAACGGACAACACGGACUUGGUACACAAACGACGACGAGACGGUAGCUAUCUGGGUAAGGAGUGCUGCCCGUUCCCGGAUAACCGGCUGUGGCGCAGGGGAAGACCAUGUCUGGGUCAAGGUGGGCACUGUCACUUACGUCAGUGUUUACYUUACCCCAAACUGUGACGCGGCGGAGUUAGAAAGAAAUGUAGCGGCCCUCGAGGACGGAAUCAGGGAACUGCCUGUGGACCUGGUAGUCGCUGGGGACUUCAACUCGAGAGCGAUCGAGUGGGGCAUGACAGCGACGAACAAACGAGGACGGCUGCUUCUGGAGAUAGCCUCAAGGCUAGACCUAGAAGUAGCAAAUACAGGAAACACGCCGACAUACAGACGACCGGGAUAUGGUAGCUCUAUCCCAGACGUAACAAUGACAUCAGACAGACUGCUGACACAAGUAAGGCGAUGGCGGGUGAUCGAAGACUACACGGCCAGCGUCCACCAGUACAUCGCCUUUGAGGUAACAAGAAAGACAGCAACGGCACAGAAAAGACAACGACAACCUCAGCGGUGGAACACGAACAGAUUCGACACACAAAGGCUUUCGGAGGAACUGGCGGCAACGCCGGCCCCGAUCGCCAGCGUUCCCCCGGAUCUGACCGGUCGGAUCAGGGCGGAAAGACUUACAGACGAGACAGCUAAACUGACAGAAAGGCUGUGCGAAAGUACGAUGCCGAGAAAACACCUCAUACGAAACAGACAGCCACAAUACUGGUGGACGGACGAAAUCGCCGAACUGCGGAGGGGUUGMCUCGCAGCACGCAGAAGGGUUACAAGAGCCAAAGGCAGGCCUGAGAGAGAAGCACUCCAGGCAAAUUACAGAAAAGAAUUUAAAAGACUGACUAACGCUAUCCGAGACAGUAARACGAAGUGCUGGAGGACGCUCUGCGAGGAGGUGGACCGCGACCCGUGGGGUGCCGGUUACAAGAUAGUGACCGGCAAACUGGGGGCUCGGGAACCACCUGUACUYAAGGAURCGGAAUCCAUGCGACGCAUYGUGGACGGACUCUUCCCAACAMACCCGCUGCGAACAGAWACGACAGACGAAGACRRGAYAGCRGCGGUUGACGCSUUCACAGCUUAG